AUGGGAGUGUCGGUGGGGAGGAAGAGGGUCUGUGGAAACUGGGGCGUCGGUGGGGAAGCAGGGGUGUCGGUGGGAUAUCGCCCCGCGCCGCCGGCCCCGCGCUGGCCCGCGGCGGGAGCCGCAGCCGGACCGGCCCGGCCGCAGCAGCGGGAGCUGGGGCCGCUGCCCGCAGCGUGGGGCUGGGCCUGGCCCUGGCCGGGUGCAGGUCUGGAGUUGUCUCACUGUGUGGGGACCACCCCGCUGGGUCCUGCAGGGCCUUGGAGGUCGGGGGGGCCCUGCAAGAUGAAGAGAGUGCGCACGGUCUUCAAGCCAGAGCAGCUGGAGCGGCUGGAGCAGGAGUUCCUCAAGCAGCAGUACAUGGUGGGCACGGAGAGGGUGGACCUGGCUGCAACGCUGCAUCUCACAGAGACCCAGGUGAAAGUGUGGUUCCAGAACCGGAGGAUCAAGUGGAGGAAGCAGAGCAUGGAGCAGAAGGCGGCAAAGCUGUCUCAGUUCGGGGUGAUCCAGCCUGCGAGCGCCGACUCCACCGACAGCAAGGAGCACGAGGAGGACCCUGUGGACGUGGAGCUUUGA